CUGCUCCCACCCCGAAUGGAGAGGUUACUGUGGAAGUUGUCGGGGGCUUGUGUUUUGGGAGUGGGUGGGUACGAAGCGAGGGAGGAGUCGGUGUUUGUUACAUGUUAUGAAAUAUACAUGUUGCAGAGAAAAAAAAUUGUUACGAGGAGAUGCGUCUUUUUGGCGCCAAAAGUAGGUGUUUGGCGUGGGGGAAGGGAAGACAGGGUAGGGGGCGGGUCUGUUUCAAAGCAUUAAACUGAGUUACACGCACUCUAGGUUAAAGCACUUUAGUGUAGCAGGGCAGGGAGUGAGAGAGAGAGAAAACACACAUACACACAGGAGUGCAUUGAAAAGAGCCUAUAGUGUAGAGCCUAUAAACUCACUCAGCCCAUCACUGUCUUGCCUCCUAUAGACUGUAAACCACCCAAGCUGUGAUAGGAGUCUGAGACGAGGGGAAAAAAAAAGUGAAAACAGGCAAGGAAAAAGAAAAAGAAAGCAGGAUCUGCACCGCUUGCUUGUGGAAUUUAUUAUAUUGCUGCUCUCUUUGAGUUGUCGUGGGGCUCCACUCGUAACGGGAGCCCCUUCUUGAGCCGCUGCUAAUUUCUCCGAGCAAAAUGCCUCUGACUGCUUCUCCUUUCCUGGGGAAAAGCUACAACUAUGAUUACGACUACGAUUCUUUCCAACCGGUUUUCUACGACGAGGAGGAGAAUUUCUACCAGCAGCAGCUACCGGCCCCGAGCGAGGAUAUCUGGAAGAAGUUUGAGUUGCUGCCCACCCCUCCCCUGUCUCCCAGCCGCCGACCCAGCUUCAGCCUGUUCCCUUCCAACGCCGACCAGCUGGAAAUGGUCACGGAGUUUCUUGGCGACGACUUGGUCAACCAGAGCUUCAUAUGUGACUCGGACGCGGAGCUGAAAUCUAUUAUCAUCCAGGAUUGCAUGUGGAGUGGUUUCUCGGCUGCGGCCAAGCUGGAGAAGGUGGUGAGCGAGCGGCUGGCGUCUCUCAAGGCAUCGAGGAAAGAGUCGGGACCCCCGGGUGCCGAUGCAUCCUCCCCAGCCUCUUGCAAUCAUGCGUCUCCGUCCCGGUCGGGUUGCCCGUCACCGCCGUCUGCACCGCCCGCCGCCGCCGACGCUGCUGCUGCUGUUCCCCGGCGCCUGGGCUCACUCGGGCUGGGCACCGGCACCAACACCGCCUCCUCCUAUCUACACGAUCUCAGCGCCGCUGUAAGCGAGUGCAUCGACCCAUCCGUCGUCUUUCCCUACCCCAUAGUGGAGCACAAAGGCAGCCUGCCUCUACCGCCCGGGGACACCACUCCCCCUGCCACGGACACGCCGAGUGACUCCGAAGACCAAGAGGAAGAAGACGAUGAUGAUGAUGAGGAGGAGGAGGAGGAGGAAGACGAUGAGGAAGAAGACGAGGAGGAGGAGGAUGAUGAGGAUGAUGAUGAUGAUGAAGAUGAUGAAGAGAUUGAUGUGGUUACUGUUGAAAAGAGGCAGCCUGCAGGCCGGAGAUUGGAGCUGAACACAAACACAGCCGGCAUCGCCAGACCCCAGCACACCCCCCUGGUUCUGAAGCGCUGCCACGUCCCCAUCCACCAGCACAACUACGCUGCCCCCUCCCCACAGCCCCCCACCAAGCGGUUCAAGGUGGAGAGCAGUCGGGUCCUCAAGCAGAUCAGCACCAACAGCAAAGGGAAGUGCCCGAGCCCCAGGUCGUCGGACUCGGAGGAGAACGACAAGAGGAGGACGCACAACGUGCUGGAGCGCCAGCGGAGGAACGAGCUGAAGCGCAGCUUCUUCGCCUUGAGGGACCAGAUCCCGGAAGUGGCGAAGAAUGACAGGGCGGCGAAGGUGGUCAUACUCAAAAAAGCAACAGAGCACAUAGAGUCAAUCCAGUCAGAUGAGCAGAGACUGAUGUCUGAGAAGGAACACUUGAGAAAGAAGCGGGAACAGCUGAAACAUAGGCUCGAGCAGCUGAGGAACUCUUGCAAACAGAGAUAUUAGAAACUCCUCCCUCUUUUGGUUUUAUGGACUGCCAAAAGACUUUUUCUGCUGUCCUAAUCUCUGCAAGACAUUGCCGGUCUGUUCUUAAAUAAAUAAAAUGACUAUCUCUAUACUUUGCAUGCUUAUUGCAUAGUAGACUGAAACUACACAACCGUGGCAAAGAUGUGCUGUAAAAAGCACUGAUUUUUGGCCUGGAGAUGCGAUACUGCCUCAUUGUAACUAAAGACUGGGAUUAUGGGAGUCUCACUUUUUUCUGGAGGGGCGGGGGGGGGCGGGGGGAAAUUUACUGUUUAUUAGUUUCGCUGUUUUACUUUAAUUUACAGAUAUAUUUGUAUUUAAUGCAUUUAUUUUUCUUAAAAAAAAAACAAAAUCCUGAGGUUGACUACAGGUCCAAAUAGUUUGAAAUUAAACUUUGUUUUAUUGCUAUUGCAGUUUUGUAAAGAAAAAAUUUGUACAGUUCCUAAAUUUGUGUAGAAAAUGUAUUUACUGUUACUAUGUAAUAUCACUUGCUAACAGGUUGCACCUGAGCUACCAUGGGGCUUUGUUUGUGCCGAUUCUCAGUUAGCAUGUUGUGCCAUAAAAUAAUGUUAAUCUA